AAGAUGAAGGACAGAUGCAUUGAUUCAUUCCUAGCUUGAAGCGCUGUGCUCUUGCCAGAAUGACUUUCUCUCUCAACCCUGUUGUGUGGACUACAUUUCUGUUUUGAGAUGAAGCAACUGUAUAAGUAGCUCCAGAAGAGUGACCAGGAUCUUGUUUUGCCUUCUGCAUCAGUGACAGAAAGCUACCUGAGUUUCAGUUCCAGAAUCUCUUAGUGAAGCUGAUGUGUGACCAGGAAAAGAACACUGCUUGGCUGUUAGAUGACCAGGGUGCGUGUACAGGGCUGGCAGCUAGGAGCAAGACAUUGUUUUAGUUGGAAAAUAAUAGAGUUGCACCGAUACACCAGUCCAAUAUCGGAUUGGCACAGAUAUAAAGAAAACGUAGUAUAUCAGAAAUCGGCCAUAUCAGAUUGAUAAUUUAGCCGAUGAAUGGCCCAUGCAUGUGUGCAGCGCAGCACAGGCAGCGAGGAGCACAGCCUGGCAGCAUGGAGAGCUGCUUCCAGCUGGUUAUGACUGUCCAGCCACUGAAGGAAUCUUUGACUAUGCAGCAGCUGUUGGAGGAGCCACCAUUACAGCAGCCCAAUGUCUGAUGGAUGGCAAGUGCAAGGUAGCGAUUAACUGGCCUGGAGGGUGGCAUCAUGCAAAGAAAGAUGAAGCUUCAGGCUUUUGUUACCUGAAUGAUGUUGUCCUGGGUAUCCUGAAACUCCGACAGAAGUUUGACCGCAUCCUCUACAUUGACUUAGAUUUGCAUCACGGGGACGGUGUUGAAGAUGCCUUUAGUUUCACUUCCAAAGUCAUGACUGUCUCUCUUCAUAAAUUUUCUCCAGGAUUUUUCCCAGGUACUGGUGAUGUGUCUGAGGUUGGCCUGGGGAAGGGGCGCUAUUACACUGUCAAUGUGCCCAUUCAAGAUGGCAUUCAGGAUGAGAAGUAUUACCAGAUCUGUGAAACAGUGCUGAAGGAAGUGUAUGCAGCGUUCAACCCCGAAGCCGUAGUCCUGCAGCUGGGAGCGGAUACAAUAGCUGGGGACCCGAUGUGUUCAUUUAACAUGACUCCAGUGGGGGUUGGCAAAUGUCUGAAAUACGUUCUGCAGUGGCAGCUGGCUACCCUCAUCCUGGGAGGAGGAGGCUACAAUCUUGCCAACACAGCCCGCUGCUGGACAUACUUGACUGGGGUCAUCCUGGGGAGAACGCUGUCCUCUGAGAUCCCAGAUCACGAGUUUUUCACAGAGUAUGGUCCUGAUUAUGUUCUGGAGAUUACCCCAAGCUGCAGGCCAGACCGCAAUGAGCCACAGAGAAUCCAGGAAGUUCUCAACUCCAUCAAAGAUAGUCUUCAUUGGGCCCAUGGCAUCUACUGGAAGAGAAAGCUACUGGCUCUUACAGACCUGAAGUCUAAAAGAGAAGCCCCACUCCUCAGGUGGUGUGAAUUGAUGUAGCACUGGAUUCUCCCUGGCAUCAAACUCACAGCUCCACCAGUCCCCGGCAGGAGGUUGUAUUUACAAAAGGUCCAGAAUAAUUAUUUUUGUCUAGUUUCCGGUGUCCUGUGACUUCAGAGUGGAAGACAGCUCGGUGGUCAGACCACGCACCUGGGACUCAAAAGGGGGCUGCUAUUGAUGCAGUGCCUGCAUAUGUUUUGAAAAGAUCCUUUUUUCAGUGCCUGUGCCUCAGUUCUCUUAUCUGUCUAGUCGAGACAGUACUGUUCAGCCUCCUGAGGAUGUUGAGAGGGUAACUAUGGAUGGUGCAUCUACCACAAAAGCCAUUGUUCAAUUUGGGCUCCUUGCAGCCAGUCCCAGUGGAUUACAUGCUGAAUAAAUAAUGGAAUCUGAACACCUUCCCACUCACCAGGAAGUUUUCUGGAUUCAUGGCCCAGGCAUGGUGGUUGGGAGGGGGGAAAGCUUGCACUGUAUGUGUUCUUCUACCAAUAAAUAGUGCUGAGCCAGUUGUUUAUCAGUUCCUAUGUGGAAGUGUCUUCUUGGCUAUCGCAACUUAAUGUUUGUACCUUAUCUCCCAGCCUAGAGCCUGAUCUUCGCUCAGUGAAGUCUGUUAAGUGGUAAAACCUCCCUGUAUCUUAGUGAGAAUGGGAGCUGGCCCCUAAUCCUCAGUAGAAAUACCUUGACCGACAAUGGUCAGAGUGCAGAGGAGAGAAGAUACGAGCAAGUAUCUCCUUCCUUCAAUGUUCUUACAUGGCACUCACUACCAUGCGGUGUCUUUACACAUUCUCCAGGGGGAGAGACAGGAGGUGCUUUGAUUAGAGUGGCCAGUGAUAGCCAGCACCCUACCCUGCAGCUCCUGAGUUUCUUUUCAAGGUCUGAUAUUCAAGCACCUGAGCCUGCCAGGAGUUAGGUGGCUUAAACUUCCAGCAUGUAAUUGAUAUGUCUACUUACACUCCCUGGUCUCCGAGUCUUUUUUUUUUUACCUUAAUUUAAAGUUAAUAAAAUUCUUGGUGAAGAUUGAUCAGGGGACACAGUGUGGAGCUCCUGGGGAUCCAGCCUAAUACUGGUUGUUAUGUGGCUGGAUCUUAAAUUCCAUACUCAAGCACAAUAUAUAUCAACCUCCGUGAGAAAUUCUCAGUAAGGACAGGAUGAGUCUCCUCAGCUCUCUGCAGCACCUCUCACCCCAACAGGUUUCCUCCAAAAGUGAAGAAAGGGUUCCCUUUCAACCUAGACUGAUCACAUCCAAACUAGUGAUUAGUCUCCAGUAUAAACUCUUCAGGGAAGUGAUAUUUUCCCUUAGCAACCCCUCAAACCUGUGCUUGAAUGAGGGACAUGGAGCACUGCAAAAAAACCCCUCAAUAAGAACAAGAUGUUGUCUGGCUGGCUUGCCAGGAAUAUGAGCCAAUUUUAGGGCUGGUGUUUCUAUAUCAUUUACCGAUUUCUCAACUUCACCACUGGGCGGGGGAGGGGAGAUCUCCUAACCAGAGCUCGCCUGUACCAGCUCUUCAGCACUGCUGGAUUUCACAUAAUGGCUUUUCCAACAUGCUCUUGAAAAAUCCUUCCUUCCUGAGUGGGGGGAGGCAGUGACAGGGAGGCACAGCUCCCACUUUGUCUCAUACAGGAGAGUUGAAAAUGAAGCAAAAGCCUCUCCAUUCAGGAUAAGAAAAAUCCUCUGUUGGCCUCCCAGUGAGGUGAAAGCCCCUCUGCAUACAAGACUUGUUUUCUGUCUCCCUUUGU